UGAUCACUUUGUAGCCAAAGAGUCCACUCUCCUUGCAGUGCAGAGGAGAGUCACAAACCAAGUGGUACAGCCCAUGUGGAGGCAGGAAGCCUGGGAGCGAGAGGCAGGCAGUCAGUCAGUCUUGGUGGGACACUCACACACGCCACACAGUCCAGUCUACGGAGCCAUGGAGAGAGUACAGUCGCUCCGACUGCGACUUUUCACAGCGCUCCUCAUCUUUUACGGACUCCCCGGGGUUAACAGCAACCUGUUGGUGGUCCCCGACAAAGUGGACGCCGUGCUGGGCAAGAACAUCACACUGAGCUGCAGAAUAGAGGCGCCCCCCGACCUCAUCCUCAUACAGAGCUCCUGGGAGCACCAGCGUCCUUCGGGCAAAGAGAUCUUGGCCGUGUUCCACACGGAGUUUGGAACGUCCAUCUCUGCGGACUACGGCAAGCGCAUCUCGUUCGUUUCCCCCUCUGUCCAUGACGCCAGCAUUAUCCUUGAGGGAGUCGACUUUGCGGAUAUCGGCUUGUACACCUGCAAAGUGUCAACAUUUCCUCUGGGAAAUACCCAAGCAUCCACCUACGUCAAUGUAUUAGUGGAGCCGAAGGUGUACGUCUCCGCCGGCCCCGCCGCCCUGCUGCAUGGCGAGAGUGAGUCGCUGGUGGCCACCUGUAUCGCCGAGCGCGGCCGCCCCGCCGCCGAGGUCUCCUGGGAGACUACUGAUAUGCACGGGAGGGUGGAGAGGCAGAGCCGCGACGAGCCGGACGGCACCACCAGCGUGCAUGUGCGCUACCUGUGGCAGCCACAGAGCUCCGCCCAGGGGAAGACGCUGACGUGCGUCGUGCACCAUCCGGCCCUGCAGACGGAGUUCCGCAUACCUUACACCCUCAGUAUUCAAUUUGCACCAAUGGUCUCAAUAACAGGAGUGGAGAAAAACUGGUAUGCCGGGCAAGCAAACGUGGGGUUCAUGUGUGACGCUCAGGCCAACCCCCCUGCCCGCCAGUACACAUGGGUCAGGUUGGACGGAUCGAUGCCUGACGGCGUUGAGAUCGUAAGCAACAUGUUCAGGUUCAUGCGCCCGCUGCAGCUCAACGACUCCGGCGUGUAUCGAUGCGAAGUGACCAAUGACGUCGGCCUGCGCAGCCAAGAUGUGUCCCUGUGGGUGCAAGAGCCUCCGUCCACCACGGCCAGCCCCAGCACCACCGCAUUGCCGCACCACACCUCUGGACCCGGCACUGCAGCAGACCAGCGGAGGUCCCCGUUCACCUCCCCGACCCUGGCCUCCUUGCAGGACAGCACCCUGGGCACUAUAAUCGGCGGGGCCGUGGGCGGCGUGCUCUUCCUGGUCCUGGUGGUGAUCCUGGCCGGCGUCUGCUUCAUGCGCCAGCGCCGCACUUUCAGGGGCGACUACUACACCAAGCAGUACCUGGGACCCUCCGACAUGCAGAAGGAGUCUCAGCUGGACGUGCUGCAGCCGCACGAGCUGCAGGAGGUGUACGGCGACAAGGCGAGCAAAGGCAGCCAGGAUCUGAAACCCAAACUGGGCGGAGACAUCAUUUACCCGGACUACGUCCUGCAGAGCAAGGAUAGGAACGACUGGGCCGACCGGGAGGGGGACUACUACCCUGAUCACUACCACGGCCAGAACAUGCACCCCUGUGGGCCUCCGGUAAUGAAUAAUGGCUCGCCUUACAUCCCCGAGGACUGCUACAACAAUUGCACAGACAGCGACUACGUGUCCCACCUGGACGGAUCCGUCAUCUCGCGGCGGGAGUGGUACGUCUGAGGAAGUAAUUAAGACACAGACGGACAACACUGACUGUAAACCACUUUACCUUAAGGAGGCCUUUGCUGCGGGCGAGCCGGGACGCCUCCGCGAUUUGAUAUGUUUGGGCUCAGGAGGAGCGUGGGCGAAUGAGACGGCGCGUCGUGUUUGCGCACCUGACUUUAAGCGCAGCUCGGAAUGUCGGGUGUCGAGACCCUCGUUUGUGACGCGCUUAAACCUCUUAAGUGGCAGGAAAGCUGCAUUCCAAAGAGGGCCCUCCUCACGCGCGACUCUUAUUGCAUGAGGCAUCAACUUGAAGAGACGGAAGGGAUGAGAGGGCUUCCUUCCACUUCUUAGUAAUGCGUUAGCAUCACUGCUGACACGUGCUAGUCGUCACAAAAGCACACAACAUGAAAGGGAGCCAGCUGGCUGUGAUAACGGGCCGCGUGGCCGUCGCGUCUUCUUUUCUUUUCUUUUCACGUCUGGAGCACCAAUUGAUCAUUAGGGUUUUUUUUGUUUUUUUCCUUCUUCGUACUUUAUUUUACAUCAAAGCGAUGUGUUGCAGAUGUGACGCUCGCAGCUGUCAUCAUUUGGGGCUUUUGCGGCGACUUAAACCGCCGCCAUUUUCAGCUCUCGCUCCGCUCGUCGGGAUCCGCGUUGGCGAAUAAGGAAAAUAACACAGCGCAGGGGGGGGGCGAGGGCCGCCUGUAGCUUACGUUGGAAACAUUUUAGGCCGCUGACAUCACUGCUGAUCACAGAACAGUUUGGCUGCUCCCUGGAAAUGUGAUCCACGGCUGCAAGAAGUUGACGUGAAGAACCGUCUCAGAUUGGAAGUGCCUCCCGAAACGUUGUGUAUAUUUUCUCUCUUCCUACUAACAACAAACUCGACACGAAGCGCUGACAUCAUCCCUGAUCUCACAGCCCGACGCUUGAUUUGACCUUUUUUCCACCGCUCUUCCUCAGGAAUUGAAAACGGAUCAAAGCGCUCCACUUGGAUCCAUUGAGGGAGC